AUGGAUCACCUGCAGUCGUUUUCUUUGGGUGCUCGAGCUUCCAUUUCAGAUCCCACAUCCCAGCCAAACGCACCGCCGCUGGACCAGCCGUCUUUUACUUUUAUCGAUCAUGAUGAUGACUUGACGUCCAAGCGAAUCAAAGAUGUCAAUGCUCGCAAGGCCAUCCGAUCCCAUGUGAUGCGCGAUGUCCGCCGACGGGAGAGACUCGCUGGAUUAAAGCGAACUACACGACGGGAAAGUCAAAGUCGAAGUGGGCUGCUAGUGAACACGAAAUCUCAAUACGAGCAGUCUCAAGAAGAACAGAAAUUGGUCCUCGCUGCUAGGAGGGCAUCCGAAUCCUCCGGCCAAUCAUCUAUCUAUGAAGCAGAGCUACAUGGAGAAUUUGUUAGCAGAUAUCGCCGCAGGAGUCCUACUAAGUGGACCACAGGCUAUCCAUUUGAACCCCAUUUGAAUCCAGAACCGGGAUUACUGCCUACUUCAUGGUUUCUCGAUCCUUUCUGCACAUUGCCAGGAACCAGUGAACUCCCUGCCAUGGUUGCACAUCUGUUAUACUAUUGGAAAUCGGUAUUUGUCCCAGUGACCUUUCCAAAUGAGGUCAAGGGUCAAAAUACUAAAGAAGUCGAGUUAAUGGUCCGCUCUUCCUUUUCAGAUCCGGGUAGUUUCUUCGGUCUCAUGAGUAUGUGCGCUGCGCAUAGAGCGGCAUUGUCGUCCAGUCAUCUCGAUUCCACGCUCAUCGGACCCGACGACAAGCAAGCCGGUAAUGAUCCCGAUUACUGUAUCAUGAAAGCAAAGUGCAUUCGAGAAAUGAAUGUGAAAGUUCGAGAUCCUACACAAGCAUUGACCAAUGAGGCAUUUGACACGAUCGUGAAUCUUUUGACUGGUUCAUUAAUUGCUGGGUUAUUCGAUGAAGCCCGAAUUCACUUAACAGGUCUCAGACGCAUGGUAGAGCUGCGUGGCGGAAUUAGAGGUGAAAGCAUUCGAUCUGCUUCUAUUUUAACAGCCAUCAUCACCUCUGAUGUCAAAGCUGGCUCCGGUCUGCUUGUCAAACCCGUGUUCCCACUGACCUGGGACGCACAACCAAUUCCCAAAGCGAUUCAACAACGAAUUCGACCACCCCCUUCCUCAUCUUUACAUCAGCUUGGCUUGGGAUUCUUCGCCAACACCAUUCUCAGCCCACCCCUCAUCCGAAUACUGAACGUCAUUCGAGAUGUCAUCUUCUACGGCGUCGCCAUCACACAAUCUUCCGAACUUGAACCCUCCGAUCACCAUUUCUUCCGCAUCCUCAACUGUGAAUCAGAACAUCAACUCUUAAGUUACAUAUAUGGAGACAGCGAGAGAGAACCUGGCCCUAAAAACCCAGGAAAAAGCCUCCAUCCAGUCGAAGCAGUCGCACGCGUAGCAGCAAUCUGCUUUUUGAAUAAUUUCCUGAUCGUUUCACCCCCUUCAUCUGGCCUUGGCCGGGCCCUGACAAAACACCUCGUUAAAGCUGUCGGCAACUGCAAGAUAUCGAGUCUUCUUCAUCUGCCAAAAGAAAAUUUCAAUCUGUUUGCCUGGGCAUUAUUCAUUGGAGCUCGAGGAUCCAUUGGCCAUCGUGAGCGGAUAUGGUUUGUCGAGCGGUUAGCUCGUGUCGCUAUGAUUUGCGAAUGGCACAGCUGGGACCAAGUUUCGAGGAUAAUUGCUGAUUAUUUCUUCGUUCCUGGAACUCAGGAUGAAGAUUGGAGGUGUGUUUGGGAGGAAGCUAUGUCUGGCUAUGUAAUACCCGCGGAGGAAGCAUGA